UGGCAGUUGCAAAUCGGCGGGGCUGAGAGUGUUGCGCUCCCUCACCAAGAAAACCAUCCAGUGGUGACACCUCAGUGGUUGUCUCAGGAUUUUAUGCCUUGUCCGCCCAAAGGAACUACCUUUUGCACCAUUUCUAUUAGCCUCGUCCACUUGGCAGACCAUCAUAUAGGUGAAAAGGUCGGAGGGCCAUUCUCUCAGUCGGUGUGCAGCUCGAGGCUCUUUAAAGAUGACAACCAAAUCCAACAGCAGUGUUCUGGGUGGCAAGGCGUCGUCCUCCCCUCUUCUGUCCUCACCAAACCGCCAACGUUUGGUCACUAAAGAUGGACAUUGUACCCUCCGCCUUCCUCUGUGUCCCUCGGGCUCAUGGCUUGGAACAUCAAGCCGGGCCUGGCUGCUUGCCCUGCAUGACAUGUGGGGACAGUUAGUGGGUCUGCGCUGGAGAUGGGUUCUGUUGGCCUUCUGUGCAUCAUUUGUGGCUCACUGGCUCCUGUUUGCUUGCUUGUGGUACUUGCUAGCCCAUAUCAAUGGAGACCUGGAUGUGCUGGAUCAUGACUCCCCUCCACAGGGGCACGUGGUUUGUGUGAAGCACAUUACCAGCUUCACCGCUGCCUUUUCCUUUUCCCUUGAGACCCAGCUCACCAUCGGCUAUGGCACCAUGUUCCCAAGUGGUGACUGUCCAAGUGCCAUAGCUCUGCUGGCUGUGCAGAUGCUGCUGGGGCUCAUGCUGGAGGCUUUCAUCACAGGUGCAUUUGUGGCCAAGAUUUCCUGUCCUCAAAAGCGAGCCGGAGCCAUACAGUUCAGCACCCAAGCCGUGGUGGGCCAACACCAGGGUCAAACUUGCCUCAUGCUCCGAGCCACAAACCUUCUGAGGCGCCCCCUGGUGGAUGUGAAGGUGAGUGCUGUGCUCUAUGAGGAGCAUGAAGGCCAAGCCCUGCAUCAGACCUCUGUGGACUUCUUCAUGGACCAUCUUGGCCAACAGCCUUGUCCCUUCUUUAUCUUCCCACUCACAUUUUUCCAUCCCCUGGACCGCCGAAGCCCUCUCUACCCCGCCAUGCAUGAGGACACGUCCAGUCAGUUUGAGCUGGUGGUGUUCCUGUCGGCCUCGCAGGAGGGAACAGGCGACACCUGUCAGAAGAGGACCUCUUACCUUCGCCAGGAAAUCCAGUUUGACCGUCGCUUUGUGCCUGCAUUAGGUCUCGAUGCCCACGGGAGGUACGUGAUGAGCAACCAUCACUUUGACACAACACACUCGAAGGAACCUUUGGACAAGGACUGUGUUGUGCAGAUCAACGGUGACGGCAGUGACAGGAUGGAGUGAAAAUAUUGGUUCUAUUGGGACAACAAGAGAUAUUUGGUCAAUCAUUUUUGCAUUGUGAA